UCUCUCAAACCCUAACCCCUGCCUCUAAUCUGCGAUUCAAACGAUUCUUCUUUCAAACCCAAACCCUAAUUCACCUUCAAAUCCAACAAACAAUAAUUUUGGAUUCUUCAAAUUUUACCCAUUUGAAACUAAACGUGCAGUGUCUGGAAUUGAUCAAGAAGAACAAAAGAAGAAUGAAAUGGGGAAACAAGUCAUUUCUGAGAGUUUUCAUGUUCAUUCUCUCAUCACUUCUAAUGAUGAAUCUUCUUCUGUAUUAAUGGUGGAAAUGAACAACAAAGAAGAUUUUCAAGAACCCAUUUCUCAGUUACAAAAUGUUGUCAAUCAAGAACCAGUCGGCAAAGGUAGUAGUCAGUUGGAUGAUUCAUUCAUUCAUUCAGGAAGAGAUUUCUUCUUACGAUUCAGCAAAAGAGGAGGUAUGUCAGGUUCAUUCUUUAACCCCAUCCAUGUCUCAAUUUGAAAAUUCCCUAGUUAAGAUGAUGGAUUCAGAAAUAGUAACAAAAUUUGUAUAGAAAGUAAGCAAGAUGAGGUCUUUCAUGUUCAAGAUGUAAUCACUGGUGAUCAACACCUCAUUCUUGUAGUAGAGAGACAACACAAGAUGAUUUUAUCAAGUCUAAUUCAAUUUCUCCAUAUCAAGAGAUGAUUAGUUCUGAUGUGAUUAAUUGGCGGAAAUGGGGAGAACUGAACCCUCACCCUUAGGUGGUAGUAGUAAUAUAGGAAUGUCUGCGGAAAUUGGAUAUAAGUGUGCAAGGAAAGAAGUGAUUAGUUCCAUUGCUUUGGGUAAGAAAAGGGCUGGAAUUUGCUCUGACAACAUAAGGCAACAAGUCGAGAAAUGUUCCAGGAGAAAAAUUUCUGAAACAAACUUGAAGAAAGAUGUGUUGAGUAUGUUUGCUGAAGCUAGAAAUGUUCCAACAACAUCUCCAUUACCCACAGCAAUUCCAGCAACAUCACCAAUACCCACCACAGCAGCAGCAGCAACACCAACACCCAAAGAAACCUCCUCAGUAUCACCAUCAUCAUCACCAACUAGCUGGGUGCACAGAGAGAAUACCUCAAUUCUAGGUGCUGGCACUUGCGAAUCAACAUGAAGAAUGCCCGAACAAACUGCUAUGUUCAUUAUAUACCAGUAUACUACUCCAUGAGUCAUUAGACUCAACUGACUAGCCAGAUACAACCUCAUCUGGUACAUGAUAUGCAUUUGUGAAAAUAAUAUACAUUUCAAAUUUAGAGCAGUAUGAAAAACUAUCUUUGCCAGUUUGCUGUAUUAUUAUCGAAAUUGUUUGAUAAUGCAAAUCAAGGAGUUUUAAAGAA